AUGGCUCUGUUUUUCAACCGAAUAUCGAAGCUCUGCACGCAGACUCGUUUCUUCUCAUCAUUACCUCAGUCCCCGUAUCUGCUUCUCGGCGGUAAGUUGCUGCGAGAGUCGCCAGAGGGAAAAGUCGGAAAACACAGGUUUUUCGACCCAACAACACAAGAAAGAGUGUACAGCGGUGAGAAGACUACUCCCAAGGAGCUCAAUGGUCAACCUCUUCUAGGAACAUCACAAGAGUCAUCUCUUUGCCUUCCAUCGGGUUCGAACCCUCGACGCACGCCACGGAGAUGUCUCUCUCUUCUUCCCGAUCCUGUCCAAGACGACUUUAUCGUGGCUGCAAAGUUCAGUGAGUACCAGCUAAGCGUGUGCAGGCCUCGUUGGGACUCUAAGUGGACUCACAUCGACACCCCUUUCUCUCUUUUACCACCCUCUGAUCUCAUGUACUCAAAGAGAGACAAAGCCUUCUACUUCACCAGCUUUAAAGGUCUCUACAUGGGUUCUUUGGAUCUCAGCGAGAACGAGCUCGAGUUUCAAGAACUAACCCUACGAAACCAGCCUAAGAACCCAGAGGCAGGUUGGGAGAUGUUGGACAAGUGUUUCAUGAGCAAGCACUUAGUGGAAUCUCCAUCUGGUGAACUUUUCUUCAUCAAGUGGUACACAUUGUGCAUUCGCAGAGAGGAGGAAGAUGGGGAAUCGACAAUCAUGCACAGCGUAACGAAGCGGUUUAUGGUGUUUAGGGAAGAUGAGAAGAGGAAAGACUUUUGCUACACUGAAGAUAUUGGAGAUCUCUGCAUCUUCCUUGGCCGUAGUGAAGCCUUCUGCGUCAAGGCAAGUAUGUACCCUGGACUCAAGCCUAACUCCAUCUAUUACAUUGGUGUUUCGGGACUUGGAUUUUACGAUCUAGCUUCUGGUACGGUCCGUUCCUUCGACACCCCAGCUGGUAGGCCCUUGCUGGUCCCUUACCCAUAUUGGCUUCGUCCCACUAAUCCCAUUGCUUAA